AUUCCCACGAGAAGAUCUGCCGCUACAUUGCCAGGGAAAGCCAGUCGGUGGUCGUGUCUGUGGGGUACCGUUUAGCCCCUGAACACAAAUACCCUGCUGCGUAUGAAGACUGUCUUACCGCUACCAUACACUUCCUGAAGAACACAGAGCACUACGGCGUGGAUCCUGCCAAUGUCAUCGUCUGCGGGGACAGUGCUGGGGGCAAUCUAGCAGCUGCUGUUAGCCAGACCCUCGCAGGUAGAUCAGACCUCCCCAAACUACGUGCGCAGAUCCUGAUCUACCCAGGCCUUCAGGCACUGGACUUCAAUUUACCAUCCUAUCAGCAGAACCAGGGAGCCCCUCUCUUAUUCCGAGAACGUGCCGCUUUCUUUGCUUUGCAGUACCUAAAUGGGGAUGCACUGCAUAUGCAAGAGGUCUUGGAGGGCUCUCAUAUUCCUCCAGAUAUGAGGCUGAAGUACAGGAAGUGGGUGAGUCCAGAUAACAUCCCCGAAAAAUUUAAGGUCAGAGGCUACAAACCACACAAGCCCCAUGAAUUCAAGGCUGAACUUUUUGAAAAAGUGAAAAGAUUCUGUGAGCCCAACCUGUGUCCGCUGUUAGCUGAAGAUGCUAUUGUUCAGCGGCUGCCUGAGUCUUUCAUCUUGACCUGUGAGUAUGAUGUGCUACGAGACGACGGCUUGCUUUACAAGAAGAGAUUGGAGGACAAUGGUGUUCCAGUGACCUGGUACCACCUUGAGGACGGAUUCCAUGGAGUCAUAAGCCUACAUGAUUAUUGCGGUUUCUCAUUUCCAGCUGGGAAAAGGGGAUUGGACAGAAUUGUUAAAUUCAUAAGAGGCCUGUAA